AUGUUGCCUCCCUUUGAUUACUUCCAGUACGCCCGGAUACGGGACAUCAAACAGCGCCAGCGCGCAGCCCGUUUUGCCUCGCUCAGUCCUGCCUACCACGCCCCCUUCUCAGCGGCUGACAAGGAGCUCAUUAACAAGCCCAUCGAAGAACUCGUGCACGAUAUCCAGACCCAAACCAUCUCGCCUGUCGACGUGCUUCACACAUAUGGCAAAGUUGCGGUGAAGGCGCACGAGAAGACCAACUGUGUGACGGAGCUGCUCCUGCCCGAGGCCGAGGAGUGGGCUACCUCUGAAGUCAACUUGAAGGGCCCUCUUGCGGGUAUCCCGGUGUCGCUGAAGGAUACGGUUCAGGUCAAGGGGUUUGAUGUUUCGGUUGGAUAUGCUAGCAAGUCGCUCAAGCCUUAUAAUGAGGAUGGAGUGAUUGUCAAGAUACUCAAGGACGCCGGCGCAAUUCCUUACGUCAAAACGGCGCUGCCCAUCACGCUCCUCAGCUUCGAGUCUGCCAAUGGACUCUGGGGAACCUGUCGCAAUCCCCACCUGCCUGAAUACUCGCCCGGCGGCUCAACUGGCGGAGAAGGGGCGUUGCUGGCACUCGGUGGUCGCAUAGGUAUUGGAUCAGACGUCGCAGGCAGUGUGCGCGCGCCGGCUGCUUGGAGCGGAAUCUACUCUCUCCGCUGCAGUACCGGUCGCUGGCCAAAGACGGGCGUGGACACCAGUAUGCCUGGCCAGGAAGGGGUUCCCAGUGUCUUUAGCCCUAUGGCGCGUACUCUGAAUGAUCUUGCCUACUUUACUAGGAGCAUUAUUGGCAUGCAGCCCUGGAAGUACGACUACACCGUGCACCCGAUUGCAUGGAGGGCCGAAGAGGAGAAGGAGGCGAGCAGUAAGCAGUUGAGAAUCGGGGUUUUGAGAACGGACGGAGUCAUCCCUCCCACGCCCGCGAUUUCUCGAGCCAUUGACACUACAGUGACGGCGCUGGCGGCGGCUGGACACACGCUGACAGAAGUCACACCACCGGCAGAAGCCGAUCCAUUCACCGGGUUCUGCUUGGCUUCUGAGUUGCUCAACUCUGACGGAUGCGUGACAUUCAACUCCUUCCGAUACUCGGGCGAACCGACAGACGCUGGCGCGGCGCAACUGAGCCGGAUCGCGAACCUUCCUAGGCCCCUCCGAUACCUGUAUUACCUGUACGUGCGAUACAUCCGGCGAGACGUGAAAUGGGCCAAGGUGAUCCAGGGCUUUGGACCCAAAACGGCGGCGCAACUGUGGCAGAUCACGGCGCAGCGAGAAGGGUACCGGAAACGCUGGCACUCGUGGUGGGACGCAGAGCCGCAGCAAUAUGACUUCAUUUUGUGUCCGGCCAACGCCACCCCAGCACUCCCUCACGGCGCAAUGCACGAUGCCGUCUCCUCAUGCGGCUACACAUUCCUCUGGAACCUGCUCGACUAUGCGGCCGGCGUCAUCCCCGUGGGGCACGUCGACGCGAAACUAGACGCCCUGGCGCACAGCGGCAAGCGAGGGUAUCGACGCGCCUUGCAGGAGCUGGGCGCCAACCAUGCGAUGGCGCGUGGUGCCUGGAUGCACUAUGACGCGCAAAAAAUGGCCGGACUGCCGACGGCCGUGCAGGUCGUUGGGAGGCGCUGGGAGGAGGAGAAGGUGUUGGGAUACAUGACCGCGGUGCAGAAAGCGCUGGAAAAGGCCAACGCGCAGUAUACGCUGUUGGAGGUAGAGUGA